CAGUUCUUUCAUGCUGUAACUACCCAUUUGUAGAUAGAGACCCCAUUGUCCCUUCUGGCGCGAAGACACGUGGACGUCUCUAGCUCCACGACGUUCCAUCGCUACCACUUUUUAGGUAGAUUGAGCGCGACACAGUUCUACUUGAACUUGCGACACUUUUACUACUAUGUUCUUUUACAAUCUGCUGCUGCUGUUUAUGGAACCACGCUGAUUUCUCCUGCUAAGUCCUGAAUAAUUUGUUCCGUGAAUUUCAGUUACCUAGUUUUCAAAUGGACAUUGAAUUUGAAUCGUCCUCAGCUACUUUUUGCUCGCUUCUUCAUCUCCGACAAUAUGAGUGGAGGUGGACGUGGAUCCUCCUCUCCAAUCCCUGGGACUCAUGGAGCAAAUCUGCAGAGGAUGUUGAGCUAUGAAGAGGAACCUAGUUGCGGAGAUGCAACUCCACCACAUGCAGCGGGAAAUAUGAAUAAUGUCAGUGCUUCAGGAGCGGGGAACAAAUCAUCAACAACGCCAAAUCGAGUUACCGCAUUAAACACUUUGGCAGCCUCUCCACGGAACAUGAUUGUGCGUCCAUUGAAGAGUAUUUUGCGGAAUUGGAAACCUAGUGGACCUAGUGUAUCUUCGAGCGAAAAAGACGGAGAUACGACGACCGCCGCAGGUGCAAAUCGCAGAGUAUAUAUUGAAGGUGGCUCACGGUCACCGGAAGCUGCAAGUACUCCGGAUGUUAUAUCCGGCACACGAUUUUUACAUGGGGGUCAGGGUCCUCGUAAUCCAGAGCCAGGAGGUGCCAUGUCAAUGAGGAACAGCAACGGCGUUGAUUUACGCAGGGAGGAGCAAGAAGAGCAUCUUCAAGCAAGACUGGGCGGCGGACAGAUCUUCAGACGAGCAGGGAGUACGUCCACUUUCACGUCGGACGAUAUUAGGAAUAUGUCAAUCGGCGAUCGUAACCCAUUUCCGUCCCCGCGGCAUACCGUUCUUCCGUCGAUGGGGGAGACUCCUCAAACCUCAGGUCCUUUGGGUCAUUUUCUCCACCCCGCGCAGCCUGUUACGUCCACAGCGGGUGGGCCUGUGGCGAACAUAGAAGGAGCGAACACGAAUAAAGUAACACCAUCGAAUUUGAAUGGCGGUAGAACUACGUCAACUACCUCUGCUUCUGGAGGAGCAGGUGAGCACAGCAAGCAGCAUCAGCAGCAGCAUAGUACUGCUGCCUCAACUCCAGGUGGUCUUGCUGGCGGAGGAAGCCAACAUCAUAGCCAACAGCACUACCUUUUGGCACCGCUUAAUUCCCCAAAGCAAGAAGAUGAGGGCUUGUGUCUUGACGCUAGCGUGAGAAGUCCUAGUCGAAUGAGGACCGGGUCUACGGGGAGUGACAUCUCCGCUUCAGGGAGCAAGCAGGAGCGGCCAGCUGCCCUAGCUGAGACCACAACUGCAGCGACGCCUUCGCCUACACGCGCAUUCUUCAACAAAGCUGCGACGUCGCAAACGUCAGUGAUGAAUGACAAUAGAUAUGCAGGAUCUGGAGCUGGACGGGAAUCUGGAAGAUCUGGGGAUGAUCGAUUUCGUAACGGCGACACUACUCCUCACUUAUGCGUAGGCGCGCAAACGCCCAGCAAUGCCGGUUAUCUUUCUACCAAACAUGCGAAGGAGGUUCUACGGGGAACACUGACACCGCUUUUUCACAAGAACCAUGUGAAGGAGAAGCGCGACACCGUGGUAAGAGAAGCCGAGCAGUUGCGUUUGGCUUUGCGUAAGCAAUACGUGAUCAACCCGGAUGAAAGUGCAAUGGCCACCGUGAUACAAUCUGUUUCCGCCUUUUGCCUCUUUAUUGUAUGCUUUUUAACACCCUAUGAGGUGGCUUUCUUGGACAUGAGGAUUGGAUCCACGGUUUUCUGGCUCAACCGUUUGAUCGAUGUUUCUUUCACGGCAGAUAUGAUCCUGCAGUUUUUUCUGCUUUACCGCGUAAACACGCUGGCCGGAGAACGACUCCUCGUCGUGUCGCAGACGCAGAUCGCAGCGCACUAUUUGAGAACCUGGUUUUUAGUCGACUUCCUCGCGGUCUUUCCUUUCUGGGCGUUUGAGAUCUGGGGCAUGACCAACGCCGCGUCGGCUGGCGAGGGGAUAGGCCUUCUGCGCGUUUUGCGAUUGCUGAAGCUUGGAAAGGUGAUCAAAUCACUCAGAAUGCUAAGGGAAAGAGCGAUUCACAUAGAGAUCACCUACUAUCGUGGACAGCUGAUCACCUUCAUUUUUGUGCUUAUUCUCGCGGCCCACUGGAUGGCGUGCGCGUGGGGUGCAGCAGGACUGCGUUUCGGCGGACCUUUUUACUACAACCCAAAUCUCGAAGACGUGGUAUUGAACAACGUGUAUGAAAACUAUGAGUGGAGCAAAACGUGGGUGGGGAGAGAGAGUGGAUUGGCGAAUAGUACAGCGUCAUCCUCAUCCGGUGCGAGGCAACUUUCAUCUGCGCAUGAAAAUAUGAGUGCACCAGCCGCUACCUCUGCUUCAAAAUUGGACGCAUCUACUUUGUCUCCGUCGGCUCAAGGCACCUCUGGUCGUGAUGUUGGGCGUGCUUUUUUCGAAACACUAAAUGGCUCUGGAUUUCUCGAUACAGCCCGCGCCUCUGAAGAAAAGCUUUUGCAGGACAGAGCUGCGGAGCUCGAGUUCGCUGGUAUAGGAAAGGGUAGCUGGUCCGUGUCUCGUCCGGUGCUAGAAGAUGAGCGAGAAGAUGGGACAUUGAAUAGGCAUCCUGGAGAAGACUCGGGGUUGAGCAGAAACGCAAGAGAAAAUAAGAACCUCCAAGUCCAACAUGCAGACUUCUUUGUCACUCUUGCGGUAUCCCCAUGGCGAUAUGUUGGCUGGCAUUUACUGAGGAAUCCUUUCGGUGUACAGGCUUGGGGUGCAACUAAGCUUGUUGGCGACUCUGUACUCCUUGGAGACGGUACGGCUAUCCGAAAACGGAUACUGCAGAUGCAACCCGGAGAACAAAAGAUUCAUGAUGUGAUGGGAGAAGCUGCGGGCACUUUGAUGUGGUCUGGGCACACGAGGACAACAAUUGAAGAUAUUAACAAUAAAUUAGACCACGACCCGAACCCUCAAAAAAUAAGAAGGCCGGACGUGUCGAGCAGAAGACGAGGUAGCGCUCUGUGGGAAUACAUAACUGCCAAUGCACCACUAAGUUUAGCGGAUUAUAUUUCUCUUUCGACGUCACCGGAACGACAGAGGAUCACUAGUGGUAUUAGGCGUGGCCUAAGCAUGAAAUCCGUAGGAGAAGUUCAUCUCGUCGAUCUACUUGGGGGUAGUCGUGCCAUUAUUGAUAAUAAUCGUGUCUCGUCAAGCGACACGAGUGAACAGCGCAGGCAGCUCAUUUCUGGCAUUCCGGAACCUGGAUUUACUACUGAUUCUCUCUGGGCUGGGCGACGACGCCUGAGCUGGAUGCAAGUGUACUGUGGCUGCGUAAAGUGUCGUACCGCGAAAAUGUGUAAGCAGUGCAAUGUUUGCCUCGAAUCGCCAUGGCAAAUUUACGUCGGAAGUCUCCACUUCUCCCUCAUGACGCUGACAAGCAUCGGAUACGGUGACAUUUCCGCAACGCAUACCGCAGAAAGGUAUUUUUGGUAG